CUAUUAUUGUCUAAAAAUCAACCGUCAAAUUUGAAAUAUCUAUCAUACAGUCACAAACAUCUACCAUUCCUAGUGCAUACCAUUACCACCAACACCACCACCACACCUAUCAUCACACAAUACACACACACACACACUAAGUCAUACUCAAUCAGAUCCUAAUUUGAUUACAACAUUUCAAACACACAUAGAGAUAGCAAACAACAACAACAACUAUCAAUCAAUACGAAUACACAGAGAGUGUAUUGACCACUAAGCAAACCACUGACCAUCACACCUAUCGAUCCGAUCCGACCAGACACCCCCCACCACACACAAAAUGGUGACUACCAAUGAUGAUUGGCGUCUAAAUUAUUUUAACAAAUCAACUGAAACAAUGAUACGUAUAAAGGAAACACAUUUUAUUAUCGAUGAUACCAACGAUUUCUGGACACAGUCGGCCUAUCAUCGGGUAUUCGGACUAAUAUGUGUCUACAGUUUUGUCGAUAACAUAACGGUUGGCAUAACCAACGAUUGGCACUUUUAUGCCAACUAUUAUCGACCCAUUUAUAGCUAUCCGAGCAGUAAACUGACAACUUAUAUUGAUUCAAAUGGCCACUCAAAGCCGAUACCAAAAAAUACGGCCAAUGAAUAUGUGCCAAACAUACGAUUCUAUCAGUCGAUAACGUCGAUGCUAGUGAUGGGUAUGGAUCCGGGCUAUUCAAUCACUCAGUAUGCCAAAGAUACCAAAGAUACGGAAGUGAUUGAGGUGCGCUAUUUUAGCCAAUCGGCCCGCAAACAACUGGGCCAACACGUAUACAUUGGCUGCGAUGGCUCAAUAAAGACCAGGCGAAUCUAUUUCUAUCACAAAGGAUCACCAGAACCAGCACCAGUAGCCAAACAUGGCAAAAGUAGGUCGUCAUCAAAGUCGUCAUCAAAACACAAGUAUGUUUAUCGUGUAUGUGGCGGAAGCGAUUUGAAUGCACUCUAUCCGACCAUACGUAACGAAUGGUGGAAGAAGCCGCUGCCGGGACAGUCGAGACUCUGGACAGAAACCAUAUUUCCUAACCAAUCGUUGACCCGACAAGUAUUUACAAUGGGCUUAGCUUUUAGACGAUUCGGCCUAAAAAACAAUUCGUUUCUAUUGUUUACCAGUGAUGGACCAGAAGGUGAUAUAAAAGAGAUAAGAAGACAAGACAAUUAUCUGAAUCCAUACGAUGCUGAUGGACGGUGUGAUCAUAGAUUGUAUACUAGAUUAUUGUGCGAUAUUAGAGAAACCUAUGUCGGCGGUGUCUACGAACUAACUGAACACUUGUUUACUAGUCUUUACGACCCAAUCAAAACAAAGAGUUCAGUUGGCGGCAGUGGUGGCGGUGGUGGUGGUGGUGGUGGUGGUGGUGGUAGCGGCAAAGGUGCAGCCGGUGGCCAAAAGCAACAACAACAACAAACCACUUCCACCAUCACUGGUGACUGUUUUGCAUUGUUUUUAUGUGCCGGUGCUAAACUAGUAGUCGAAGACAGUUACAAUGAAUUCAGUGAAAAUUUUCGUCACAAUCGCUCCCUAUGUGAACAGGGAUCGGUAGUUAUUGUCGAAGACAAACUAUGGAUAUGUUUAUCAUACUAUACGGGUGCCGAUGAUAUACCGACACGAUCUACCAUUGACAUCACUUGGGACGACUUUUGCCGACAGUAUAUGUCCACUGAAAUGUACGAAAAGUUAAAGACAUGUGUGAAUCCAGUAGUGUUUUUGGGAUCAAUUGAAUCCGAUUACAAUACAAGUGCGUGGCGUUUGUCUAUCGAUAAGACAGCUAACAUAAGCUGUCGACCAAUACCGGUACCUAAAAGCAAGCCACACAAAAAGCACCACAAAAAGCACCAGCAGCAGCAACAACAGCAAUCAAUACAUACACAUGAGCACAAAUAUGAGCGCCGAUGUAGUCUGGAAGUACCCGAAGGUGGCUAUAUUGUUGCCGUAGAGGACUGGACGGACGGUAUACUGGAAAUUCGGCACCGAUAUCGUUACGAACAGUUGCAUCAGGCGAUUGUCAAACACCAAAAGGAUAUCGUAUCGACAACAGAAUUAUUGGUCGACUACAUAGGUCCGCAUGAUUUCCUGGCACCGGCCAACAAGCAAUGGAGGGAUAAAAUUAUACUCAAUACUAGCGUAAAACAUCCGGACGGUAGAGGCAUACCAAUCGAUAUUGUUGGCCAAUCAGGUCAUAUCUAUAAUGCCUACACUGAACUGUAUGGUCAGCCGCCCGAUAAUGUCGAUCAUUCUAUACGUCCCCGAGAGUUCAACUUUCGCCAAUUUCUACUAUCAGAACCAAAAGAACUGACCAAAAAAAAGAGUAUCGAUGCUUAUACAGCAUCACCGCCAGCCUAUCCACCAGUACAGCUAACCGAUCAUACCGGUCAAAACAAGCGACUGUUUUAUUUGCCACAACGGCUACAAUUCGAUACACUGGACAGUAAUACAGGAGCUAAAGUCGAUACCAUUGAUUUGAAUCUAUUGACUGUAUUCAAAAAAUAUGACAUCAAUCCGGACACCUAUUCAACUAUCAAGGGCUCAACUCAUAUACAGCCGACAGACAGACGACAACUAAAGUUUGUUUUGCGUAAAGGCAGUCAAGAAUUCAAGAUACCUGAAUACCAAUGGGAACCUAUAGUUAAUCCGUUUAUCCACAAACACCAGAUCUGCAAUCGUGAAGACUAUCGGCUAGCAAUUGACGGACACUUUUAUAAGAGACAAAAUACCGGAUCAAUCUAUAGUUAUGUUCAAAGCGAUUACUAUGAGUUAGUCGACUGGCUGUCCGGACAGCCGAUAGCCGUAAACAUCGAACCGAAAACAGGAGACACCAAUUUUCAGGAUCCGGAUCCUAGUUUUCCAGAGAUAGACGACCAGAAAUUGCUUCAAUUGGUAAGCGGUCGUCCAUUUUUACCUAAAGACUUCGAUAGUGAGAUAUGCGAUCAAAACGAACAACUUGUUGAUGAUGAUGGUAAACCAAUUGGUGGUCCUCAAGAUGGAAGCCGCGGCUCACAACCUGUUGCUGGAGGUAAGAGUUUCCAGAGCCGAGAUGGCGGAGGUCCCAGUGGUUACCAGAGCCGAGAUGGCGGCGGUCCCAGUGGUUACCAGAGCCGAGAUGGCGGCGGUCCCAGUGGUUACCAGAGCCGAGAUGGCGGCGGUCCCAGUGGUUACCAGAGCCGAGAUGGCGGCGGUCCCAGUGGUUACCAGAGCCGAGAUGGCGGCGGUCCCAGUGGUUACCAGAGCCGAGAUGGCGGCGGUCCCAGUGGUUACCAGAGCCGAGAUGGCGGCGGUCCCAGUGGUUACCAGAGCCGAGAUGGCGGCGGUCCCAGUGGUUACCAGAGCCGAGAUGGCGGCGGUCCCAGUGGUUACCAGAGCCCAGAUGACGGCGGUCCCAGUGGUUACCAGAGCCCAGGUGGCGGCGGUCCCAGUGGUUACCAGAGCCGAGAUGGCGGCGGUCCCAGUGGUUACCAAAGCCGACAUAGCCGUCAAGCUGGUCAACCUGAUGGCCAACAAUUUCUCGAUCAACGAACUGCUGGCCAAAAACCUCUUUCUCCGCCACCGCCUAUUGGUUCACAAGAAGAAGAUGAUGAUGAAGGCUUUGUAUUUCAGAAAAGUAGUAAAAAAAAGAGAGACAAUAGACAGCAAUCUAGAGGUGGCGGUAGAGGUUCCGACUCAAACCGAUCCCGAGGUCGUGGAAGAGGUAACGAUUCAAACCCAUCCAGAGAUCGUGGGAGAGGUAAAGGUAGACAAAAAUGAUGAUUCAAUUGACGGCAAUUAUGGUCUAUAUAUACUAUUUAU